CGUUUAAUGGAUGCUAUUACAUUAGGAUAAUUGUCUCACCAUCCCCUAGCUGGCUGGCCGGCCGGCCCCUUUCUUCCUCCUCCCUCCCCCACAAAGCAUAAAGCAGCAGAGCAGCCGGCCACUUUGGCCACAUCCAUCAAGCUACUCAGCUAGCUACCACUAGCAGCCAUCAUCCAUCCCAUCCCAGCACCCAUCAUACCACUCAUCUCGCUCACGCUCACGCUCACGCUCACUCUCACUCACUCACACCUGAAUCUUGAUCUGCCUACGCAACAAAUCCAAGCUAGCGAACAAGUUUAUUACCAGCAUCUGUCUCCAAGAGCUCACUUGAUUCUUCAGAGGGCGGCAAGGCAAUGGUGGAACCGAGCAGAUCGGCCGGCGCCAAGAGCGCCACCACCACCACUACCACCGUGAGGAAGAAGAAGCUGGCGGCAGCAUCACCGGCCACCCCCAAGCCGGACAAGGAGAAGCCGGCGGAUCAGGGCUGCAAGAAGCAGCAGAGCGGCCAUGGAGGUGCAGGGGCCGCUGCUGCUGCGGCGGUGGAGAGCCCGUCCUACAGGCUGGCUCUCAGGAGCCUCUUCUCCUGCCGGAACAGCCAUGCGGCGCAGCACCAGCAGGGUCAGCGCGCGCAGCCGCAGCCGGUGCCGGCAGAGGAUGCGGCCAGGAGGUGCAAGAAGAAGUCCAAGAAGCAGACGCAGCUCGGCUGCUCCGCCUCCAUCUGCAAGCUCCGUGACGCCAGCCCCCGCAGGGUCACGCUCCACCGGCCGCCCGCCGAGGAGGAGCCGCUCUCCGGCUCCGCAACUGGAGCUGGCGAGCCGUGCAAGCGCCGGGCGUCCGUGAGCGGUAGCGGCGAGCGGCGGGUGAAGAAGCCCCUGCAGCAGCCGCAACAGCAGGGGCAGGGACAGAGCGAGACGGCAGGCGUGGUGGUGGGCUCGUCGUCGAGGCACUGGGGGUCGUCCACGGCAUCGUCGUCCUCGUCGACGGCGGGCGGCGGCGGAUCGUCGUUCCGGCUGCGCAGGCUGUCCGGGUGCUACGAGUGCCACAUGGUGGUGGACCCCGCCGGCGGCGGGUCCUCCAUGCGCGCCGCCAUCUUCCCCUGCCCCGACUGCGGCGACGUCUUCGUCCGGGCCGAGAGCCUCCACCUCCACCAGUCAACCCGCCACGCAGUGUCGGAGCUGGGGCCGGAGGACACGAGCCGGAACAUCAUCGAGAUCAUCUUCCAGUCGAGCUGGCUCAAGAAGCAGAGCCCGGUGUGCGCCGUGGACCGCAUCCUCAAGGUGCACAACGCGCCGGCCACCCUCGCCCGCUUCGAGGCCUACCGCGACGCCGUCAAGGCCAGGGCGCGCGGGGGGCGAACCGGCGCCGGACGAUGCACCGCCGACGGCAACGAGCUGCUCCGCUUCCACUGCGCCGCGCUCGCGUGCUCCCUCGGCGCGGGGGGCGCCACCCACCUCUGCGACGGCGCCGGCAACUCCUCCUGCGCCGCGUGCGGCAUCGUCCGGGACGGGUUCAAGUUCAGGGCGCCCGGGGUCCGCACCAUGGCCACCAGCGGCCGCGCGCACGACGAUGCCGUGGGUGCGGAGGAGGGGGAGGGCGGCGGUGACGGUGAGCGGCGCAGGGCCAUGCUCGUUUGCCGGGUCAUAGCCGGCCGGGUGAAGCGCCGCUGCGAAGGCGCGGCGGAGUCGGCGGCGGGCAAGGAGGAGGCGGAAGCGUCGCCGUCGCCAUCACCGGAGGAGGAGGAAGCGGAGGCAGAGGAGGAGUACGAUUCGGUGGCCGGGACGGCGGGGGUGUACUCGAGCCUGGACGAGCUGGAGGUGUUCAACCCCACCGCCAUCCUCCCCUGCUUCGUCGUCGUCUACAAGGCUUGACUGAUCAUCUAAGCCAUCAUUUCCACUAAUUGAUUCCUAGCAGGCUAGUCAAUUCCUUUCAUGUCGACUUAAUAGUUCUUUUUACUGGUUCAGUUAGUGGCGAUGAUGUAACAUAGAAUCUUAAUUAUUAGUAGUUUGUAUGAUCAGCAGCACUAGUGCCAAUUCAUCUUUGUAUGAUGAGUGGCAAUGAUCGAUUGGUAAGAUGAUACUUGGGCAUCAGUUACUCCCAA